ACACAAAAUUAGGGUUUAUCGUAAACACAACCCCCAGAAGCUCCCUUAUUGUGUGCCGAAGAAUCUAAUAUUCUCUGAUUCAGACAAAUCUCUCUCUCUCUCUCUCUCUCUCUCUCUCUCUCUCUCUAACAAGACCCGUAUCUCUCCUCUACUGAUUUUCCGACAAAGCUUAAACCUUUAUAUGCAAGUGAAGCGUGUUCCUUUCUGCUCUUCCCUAUCUUAAAAAAAAAAAAGAUUCAAUUAUUUUUUUUGUCUUAUUAUUUCGUUUGACUAAUCUCCGCAGGCUCAAAAAACUCCGAUGAAUUCAAUCUCUUCCGCGUAAUCUGCAUCCUCCACUCGUAAUCGCGCUCACGAGCGGAACCCUGAUGAUGUUCUACACAGAGAAAGCCUCCAUCUUUGGCCACGGCAGCGACAUAGCCAACAAGCUCAAAGGCUCAACGCCUCACGACGAGCUGCUCAUCCAGAUCUCUCAAUCCUUCUCCGGUUUGCUUCUCUUUGCGAUCGGUUUGGUGCUUUUCAUGGUGUCGUUUGUGAAAGACAGAGACUUUCAUAGCUUCUUCGCCGGAGGUUCUGUGAUUCUCUAUGUGCUUAUGGCGUUAUGGAGAGUUAUGUUUGAGUGGAAGAUUGAAGAUCUCGCCUUUGAGUGUCCCAAGCAAGCUCUAGGAGAUAUUGCCUUGGCUGUCUCUUGGGUUUUCUUCCUUGUUUAUAGUUGGAGGGAGAAGUAUGAUUGAUUAUGUUUUUUUUUUUUUUUUUUAUGUGGGCUUUGAUACAAAGUGGUUUAGUGAAAUCUUUAGAUUAAAAACCAUUGUUGGUUUCAUAGUUUUUUUUUUUCAGAAGAUCAAAAGUGUGAAAGUUGGAUUCUGUAUUCGUCUUUGUAAAUAAUUUGUUGUGAAACAAUGCCUUUUACUAUAAGUGUUUCAACACUUUGAACAAGCUAAAGCAGUUUCCAGUCAGAUAUAAGUUCAUCUUCAACGAAUGGGAUGGUUCUGUGGACAAUCACAGUCAUAGCUUCUUCUUCAUCAUCUUCUCCUUCAAUGCAGAUUGCAGCGUAAUGAGACGAAGCAGCUAACUCCAGAAGCCUAAACUUCCAUCCCUCUGCCUGGCCGCAAAGAUUGUAGCUUUCAGCAGCCACAGGCCUGAUGAUUGAGAAAGUAUUAAAAGGUGAAGCAGAGAAAAGCCUUUCCCUAAUGCUUUCACAUAAGCUUCUUUGAGAGUCCAUAGCUUUAUAAACUCCUUACGCCGAGCUUCCAUGUCUGCUAUACUUGACAGAAACUCAACUUCUCGAGACGAGUAAAACCUCUUUGCAAGUGAUAACACAUCGUGUCUCAUCUUCCUUGUCUUGUCUUCAACGUCAAUACCAACCGGAACGUUUACUGUUAC